UCGAAUUUACUGUAAGUUCGCUCAUCUCUAAUUAAAAUGUCUGUGGAAAAUAAAUGGAAAAUAAAAUGAUGCAUGCCCGGUAUUUUUUUUCCUUCAAAAUACCAAAAAAUUAAAAGGAGCUAUAUAGUAUCGAAAAACGUAUCCCCUGUCCGCAGGAUUGAGGAUGUGUCGGAACGCGGUGGGGUCCGACCACUGGGACCCUCCAUGAUCUUCCGUACGGUGCCCCACUCUCCUCAUGAAUUGAGGCAUGUCGACCACGGCACAAAGCUGUAGCCAAUACGCCUCCUCCAUGUAUCUCUAUGGGAGAGCUGGAGAUACAGCAAUUGGGUAUCUCUGGCUUUCCCAUAGAGAAGCAUGGAGGGGCAUGGAGGCCAGAGCUUCAUCGCAUGGUCAGAGAGAGGAGGUAGAAAAAGCUAUCCCCACUAGGCGCUAUCUCUAGAGGAAAAAAUAAAAGUGAGGAGAAUCCUCUUAAUCCAAUAAAAUUAGUUUAUUAAAUAAACAAAAACGUCCCAUGGUCGACACACUGCUUUCAUGCAAAGAGCCUGGGAAACGGGCGGAAGAUCGCAGGAGGUCCCAGCGGUCGGACUCCCCACAAUCUGACCCUUGUUCCCUAUCCUGUAAAGAGGGGAUAAGCUUUUUGAUACCGGACGACCUCUUGUGUGUAACUAAUGCUAGCAGAGAUUGAAAAUAGUCCAUUGAAAUUAUUGGGAUCCAUUCCUUUCAGUUUCAUUUAGAUUUCCCGGACUCCUCAACAAAUCUGAGGAACGGAAAUGAAAAACGGUAAUGUGAAGCCAGCCUAAGCUGGUCCUAUAUCUAUAACACAAUAGUAUAUGGGGGACUUUGGGAAACCUAUUAUGGUGAUAUAUACAGAAUAGAUGAAACAUUCUGCAAGUACUGUGUGUACAGCGCUGGUUACUGUAGAAGCUUCAGGGCACUAUGGGGGAGAUUUAUCAAAUCCUGUCCAGAGGAAAAGUUACUGAGUUGCCCAUAGCAACCAAUCAGAUCGCUUCUUUCAUUUUUCAUAGGCUUUUCAAAAAUGAAAGUAACGAUCUGAUUGGUUGCUAUGGGCAACUCAGCAACUUUCCCUCUGAACAGGUUUUGAUAAAUCUCCCCCUAUGAGUAUGGUGGAUAUGGAUUUCUACUCUUUGGUCUUAGACAAUAUUACCCUGUGAAAUCCCCUUUAACCCCAUAACCCCUUAAGCAGUGGCGUCGCUAGGGGGGGGGCAGAGGGGGCUAUGGCCCCCCCUAGAUCAGGCCGUGCCCCCCCUUGGGCCCCCCCAAUUUAAAAUAAAUAGGGAUGUCCCGAUACAUUGAUGGCUCUGCCCCCAGCACAGGAGAGGACGGGCCGAGAGCUGACAGGUCACACAGCAGAGCAGCCGCUUCAUGUGAGGUUCUGCUGGACGCCCAUGAGAGGGUGUACACGUUAUAUCACCAGAAGUAUUCUGCUAAAGGUGGACGGAUAUCCAUUGCUCUGGCCCCUUCCCUCCUGGACUCCUUUUUUUCACUUCGAGGGAGUUUCCUGAAAUCUGUCGACUUCAUUGCACUUAAUAUACAUCAUGACUGUCAGAAUCCCCAGGAGCUGCAGAACUGGAUCACAGAUAAGCACAAUGAGAAGAAUGUGGAGACUGUCAUCUUCAGCUUAUCAAUGACCGACUGCAAGAUUCUAUCAGAGGACGAUCAAUAUGUUCUGAUGUCUCAUGUAUACUCAAGAAUUGGCGCUUCCUUUUCCAAGCUCAUGGGAUAUGACGUGAGUUAUUUAUUAUCUACAUCAGUUGCCAGGAGAGGAAGAUCUGAAAAUCCUCCGGACAUGUCUUCAUCAUCCCGCUCGGCAUUUACUACAGUGUGGCAGAGAUUUUCUGGCCAGACACCAGCAGAGAGAGACGCCUUCUUGCACGACACUUUCCCCAAUGAUUUCCUUAUGGGAUCUUCCUCUUCAGCCUUCAAAAUAGAAGGAGGAUGGGCCGAGGGGGAUAAAGGACACUCUAUAUGGGAUGUUUUUGGACAAAAUAAUCAAGCCGAUAACAAUGCAACCGUCAAUGUGGCCUGUGACAGUUACCACAAGAUUGACUAUGACGUGUAUCUUCUGAAAGGCCUACAGUCUAAGGUCUAUCACUUCUCCAUCUCCUGGUCCAGAAUUUUCCCAACAGGACUGUCAUCCAAAGUGAAUGCGGCAGGCGUGAAAUAUUACAACAGAUUAAUAGACAGGUUAAUCAGAGAAAAUAUCAAACCAAUGGUGACGUUGUAUCACUGGGACCUGCCCCAAGCUUUACAGGAGUCCGGGGGCUGGCAGAGCGAAUCCACCACCCAGGCAUUUAUGGAAUAUGCAGAUUUCUGCUUCAGUAAUUUUGGAGAUAGAGUUAAACACUGGAUAACCUUCCAUGAACCUUGGGUGGUUAGUUAUGCUGGUUAUGGCACCGGACAACAUCCACCUGGAAUCAAGGAUCCAGGAAAUGCCUCCUUCAAGGUGACACACAACAUUGUGAAAGCUCAUGCUAAGGCCUGGCAUGUUUACAAUGAUAAGUACCGGGCCCAGCAGCAAGGUCAGGUGGGAAUUUCUCUGAAUUCAGACUGGGCAGAACCAAAAGACCCUAAUAAUCCAGAUGACGUGAGCGCUGCUGAGCGAUAUUUACAGUUCAUGCUUGGGUGGUUUGCCCAUCCAAUUCUUGUCAAUGGGGACUACCCAGAAGUUCUGAAGACGCAAGUCAUAAAUAUAAAUUCCCUAUGUUCCCCUCAAUUGGCUCAGCUGCCCACAUUUACUGAGGAGGAGAAGGCCUACAUCAAUGGCACUGCAGACUUCCUCGGUAUCUCCCACUAUACUUCCCGAUUGGUCAAUGGUUCCCAGAGCGGCAGCUGUGUGGCAGAUUAUGAUAAUGUUGGAGGAUUUGCGCCACAUGUGGAUCCUUCAUGGCCAACCACCUCCUCUCCAUGGCUCUACGUGGUUCCAUGGGGUCUCAGGAGGCUUCUGAACUUUGUCAAAGAAGAAUAUAUAAAAGGAGGACUACCCAUAUACAUAACCGGAAAUGGUAUGCCAACACCAUACACAGGCGAAGUGUACAAUGACACAGAUCGGGUGGAGUACUUGAAAGCUUAUAUCGAUGAAGCCCUGAAAGCUGUAAAGACUGAUAAUGUGACUGUAAGUGCCUUUGUAGUCCGUUCUCUCCUGGAUGGCUUUGAGGGAACCCAAGGAUACAGUCAAAGGUUUGGUUUACAUCACGUUGAUUUUGAGAAUGGAAACAGACCAAGAACCCCCAAACAAUCCGCCUAUUUCAUUUCCAACAUUGCUGAAAAUAAUGGCUUUCCAAGGACAAAAUUGGUAAAAAAAAUUCCUCUCGCAAAAUGGACACAUCAGAAAAAGUUACCAGCUCUGCCAGCAUCAGAAGUCCCCUCAAAGGCCAAGGUUGUAUGGAAUAAGUUCUCAGGACAAACAGCUUUUGAAAGGGACAUGUACCAUUAUUCUACAGUUCCGAGUGAUUUUACGUGGGGAGUCUCAACCUCUGCAUAUCAGAUUGAAGGAGGAUGGAAUGAAGAUGGAAAAGGACCGAGUAUAUGGGACACUUUUUCACAUAUUCCAGGAAAUAUUUUUGAGAAUGGCAAUGCAGACAUUGCCUGUGAUAGUUACCACCAGCUGGAUGCUGACUUGUACAUGCUGAGGAGUCUAGGUGUGAACAGUUACCGGUUCUCCAUCUCAUGGUCUAGAAUCUUCCCAACUGGACAAGGCACAGUCAAUAGUAAGGGCGUUGACUAUUAUAACAGGCUUAUUGAUGGCCUACUGGCAAACAACAUCUCACCAAUGGUGACUCUUUACCACUUUGACCUCCCUCAGGCUCUUCAGGACAUUGGUGGCUGGGAGAAUGAUACUGUCCUUGAGGCCUUUCACAGCUAUGCAGACUAUUGUUUUCGUACAUUUGGAGAUAGGGUUAAGUUCUGGAUGACUUUUCACCAACCUCACACAAUUGUUGCUUCUGGUUAUGGUAAUGGUCUCUUUCCACCUCAAGUGAAAAACGACCCUGGUAAUGCUCCAUACAGAGUAGCUCACAAUCUUAUCAAAGUCCAUGCCAAAGUCUAUCAUACCUAUGAUGAGCAGUAUCGAAAAAGUCAAGGAGGUUACAUUUCUCUGAGCCUCAACACUAACUGGGUGGAACCCAAAGACUACAGAGAGCCAAGGGACAUAGAAGCUGCUGAUCGAUACCUGCAAUUCACCUUAGGAUGGUUUGCACACCCCAUCUUUAAAAAUGGUGACUACCCAGAGGCAAUGAAAUGGCAGGUGGCCAACAAAAGUGACCUUCAGGGUUUACAAUCUUCCAGACUUCCAGCUUUUACUGAUGAGGAAAAGGCUUACAUCCAAGGAACAGCCGAUGUUUUCUUCAUAAACAUUUACACCACAAAAAUAGUUCAACAUCAAACUACAGUCCUCUUUCCCCCAUCUUUCCAAAAUGAUAUAGACAUUACAGAAGAGUUUGAUAGUAGCUGGCCAGACACUGCUGCUGAAAAUUUCAAAGCAGUAGCCUGGGGCCUCAGGAGGCUUCUUAACUGGGUAAAAGAAGAGUACGAAGAUGUCCCCAUAUAUAUCACUGAGAAUGGAGUUGCGAUGGACAGGAAAACCGAUUUUGAUGACUAUGCUCGAAUUUCCUAUCAUCAGACAUAUAUAGAUGAAGCCCUGAAAGCUCUCAGUUUAGACGGCGUGAAUCUGAAAGGCUACUCUAUCAACUCGCUUAUGGACUCCUUCGAGUGGGACCAAGGAUACCGAUUGCGGUUUGGUCUUCAUCAUGUGGAUUUCAAUCAUCCUACCCGUGCAAGGGCUGCAAAACGCACGGCUAUUUACUAUGCCGAAGUUAUUGGCAAUAAUGGCAUUCCCUUAAAGAAGGAAGAUGAAUUUCUAUAUGGAGAAUUCCAGGAUGACUUUGCUUGGGGUGUAGCCUCUUCAGCUUUUCAGAUUGAAGGGGCCUGGAGGGCAGAUGGGAAAGGCCUCAGCAUCUGGGAUCAGUUUUCUCAUACAGCAUCUAAGAUUCAUGAUGGUAGUAAUGGAGACGUGGCAUGCAACAGCUACUACCGGGUUGACGAGGACAUAGAACUUCUCAAAGAACUUCGGGUGUCACAUUACAGAUUCUCAAUCUCUUGGCCUAGAAUUCUCCCCGAUGGGACCUUGAAUCACAUCAAUGAGGCCGGGAUAAGUUACUACUCUCGCCUGAUAGAUGGCAUGAUGGCUGCUGGUAUUACACCACAGGUCACUAUUUAUCAUUGGGAUCUUCCUCAAGCUUUGCAGAACAUUGGUGGUUGGGAGAAUGAGACAAUAAUAGACAGGUUUAAAGACUAUGCUGAGCUUCUCUUCCAAAGACUAGGUGACAAAGUAAAGUUCUGGAUCACUCUGAAUGAGCCGUACAUCAUUGCCUACACAGGGUAUGGAGAAGGAGGCUUGGCUCCAGGAAUCUAUUCCCCGGGGAAUGCUACAUAUGUGGUUGGACAUAACCUGAUUAAAGCCCAUGCAGAAGUAUGGCACCUGUAUAAUGAUACAUACAGAGCGUCUCAAGGCGGUCUAAUCUCCCUAACCCUCAACUCUGAUUGGGGUGAACCUCUUAAUCCUUAUAAACAAGAGGACGUAGAGGCGGCAUGGAGGUACACAUUGUUUUUCGCUGGCUGGUUUGCAUAUCCUAUUUAUAAAACUGGCGACUACCCGGAAAUUAUGAAGAGUAGAGUCCGAGAGAGGAGCCUUGAUUAUGGGCUACCUAAAAGCCGGCUCCCAGAGUUUACUGAAAGUGAGAAGCAAAGAAUAAAAGGGACGUAUGACUUCUUUGGCCUGAACCACUAUACUACAGUCCUGGUUGGACAAGCCUUAGACUAUGACUUAGAAUACCAGGCGUAUGAAGGGGACAGGGGGGUUUACUUGGUGCGAGACCGAACCUGGGUUGGAUCUGGUAGUGUAUGGUUGAAAGUGGUACCCUACGGCCUAAGAAGGUUGUUACGCUGGAUAAAGGAAGAGUUCAACAAUCCUGCCAUAUAUAUCACAGAAAACGGCAUAUCUGAGCGCGGGUCAAAUCUCAACGAUGAAUGGAGAACGUAUUAUUAUAAGCAUUAUAUAAAUGAGGCGCUGAAAGCUGUAAAGUUUGAUGGUGUUGAUUUCCGUGGAUACUCUGCCUGGAGUCUGAUGGAUAAUUUUGAGUGGGCGUCAGGUUACCUUGAACGGUUCGGUUUGUAUUAUGUCAAUUUUUCGGACCCAAAUCUGCCUCGCCUCCCUAAAGAGUCUGUGAAAUACUACAGAUCUGUGGUUCAGUGCAAUGGCUUCCCUGACCCAGAUAAUGGGCCUCAUCCUUGUCUAUCUCCAGAACCUGAAGGUACAACUUCCGGUCCCACAGCCGGCCUCACCACAGGACCCCCAGAAGAGCCGGACCCUCCAGUAGUGGACUUUCUUGGAAUGGAAAUCUCCACCUCGGACGCGAUGGUCGCUUUAUAUGUGGAAUUUGCCGUCCUACUUGCCACCGUCCUAAUCAUCGUUUUGCUUGUAGUUCUGAUCAGUAAAUUGCGUAAACAAGUAAAGAAGUUUGGCAUCACCCACUACAAGGUCCAGUUAGCCAUGAACUCUGUAUCCUUAAAGGGCAAUACCCAGGACAAAGAUGAGGAACAACUGCAAUGUUACAGGACACUUUUACAGGAACUGAAUGGAGCCAACAUUAAACCAAUUGUGAUCUUACAUGGCGGCGACCUCAAAAGACUUUCUACAGAUGGAACCCAGACUGGCCCCAGUCCUGUUGAUUCCUAUGCAGAAUAUGCUGAAUUUGCAUUCCGUUCAUUCGGGGAUUUGGUCCACACCUGGAUAACAUUUGAUGUUCCUGCAGAUAAUACAGAUUCCCAAUCCCUGCAGGUUCUGCUGGACGCCCAUGAGAGGGUGUACACGUUAUAUCACCAGAAGUAUUCUGCUAAAGACCUGGCUAUGAUAGACUUGUUGGCUCUUAAUAGACCUGGCUAUGAUAGACCUGGCUAUGAUUUCUGUUGGCCCUCAAUAGACCUGGCUAUGAUAGACCUGGCUAUGAUAGACCUGUUGGCCCUCAAUAGACCUGGCUAUGAUUUCUGUUGUCUGUCAAUAGACCUGGCUAUGAUAGACUUGUUGGCUCUUAAUAGACCUGGCUAUGAUAGACCUGGCUAUGAUUUCUGUGGACGGGUAUCUAUUGCUCUUGGAUCGGCGGCGCUGAGAACAUCAUUAUCGAUACACCCUCGAAUCCUGGUAACAACAAUUCUUUUUGGACAGCCAGCCUCCAUGUAUUCUCCAUGCGAAACAGUAGAUUUUCUUGCACUGAACGUACAAUAUGACUGCCGGAAUGUGGAUCAGCUGGCGAAGUGGAUUACAGAUCCGCUUCUGAGGAUCAAGAAAGCCCAGGACAGAUUGGUCUUUAACUUAGCGCUGUCUGACUGCAGCCCCAACGCAGAGGAGAAAUAUCUCUCUGUCUUUCGAAUACUUAAAGCGCUGGUCGACACUAGUGCUUACAUAGGUUACGAUGUCAAUGAAAUCAUACGUCAGCCCAAUGACAAUCAAAAAAGGCUGGAGAAUUCAGCAGGUACAUCCCGCUCGGCAUUUACUACAGUCUGGCAGAGAUUUUCUGGCCAGACACCAGCAGAGAGAGACGCCUUCUUGCACGACACUUUCCCCAAUGAUUUCCUUAUGGGAUCUUCCUCUUCAGCCUUCAAAGUAGAAGGAGGAUGGGCCGAGGGGGAUAAAGGACACUCUAUAUGGGAUGUUUUUGGACAAAAUAAUCAAGCCGAUAACAAUGCAACCGCCAAUGUGGCCUGUGACAGUUACCACAAGAUUGACUAUGACGUGUAUCUUCUGAAAGGCCUACAGUCUAAGGUCUAUCACUUCUCCAUCUCCUGGUCCAGAAUUUUCCCAACAGGACUGUCAUCCAAAGUGAAUGCGGCAGGCGUGAAAUAUUACAACAGAUUAAUUGACAGGUUAAUCAGAGAAAAUAUCAAACCAAUGGUGACGUUGUAUCACUGGGACCUGCCCCAAGCUUUACAGGAGUCCGGGGGCUGGCAGAGCGAAUCCACCACCCAGGCAUUUAUGGAAUAUGCAGAUUUCUGCUACAGUAAUUUUGGAGAUAGAGUUAAACACUGGAUAACCUUCCAUGAACCUUGGGUGGUUAGUUAUGCUGGUUAUGGCACCGGACAACAUCCACCUGGAAUCCAGGAUCCAGGAAAUGCCUCCUUCAAGGUGACACACAACAUUGUGAAAGCUCAUGCUAAGGCCUGGCAUGUUUACAAUGACAAGUACCGGGCCCAGCAGCAAGGUCAGGUGGGAAUCUCUCUGAAUUCAGACUGGGCAGAACCAAAAGACCCUAAUAAUCCAGAUGACGUGAGCGCUGCUGAGCGAUAUUUACAGUUCAUGCUUGGGUGGUUUGCCCAUCCAAUUCUUGUCAAUGGGGACUACCCAGAAGUUCUGAAGACGCAAGUCAUAAAUAUAAAUUCCCUAUGUUCCCCUCAAUUGGCUCAGCUGCCCACAUUUACUGAGGAGGAGAAGGCCUACAUCAAUGGCACUGCAGACUUCCUCGGUAUCUCCCACUAUACUUCCCGAUUGGUCAAUGGUUCUCAGAGCGGCAGCUGUGUGGCAGAUUAUGAUAAUAUUGGAGGAUUUGCACCACAUGUGGAUCCUUCAUGGCCGACCACCUCCUCUCCAUGGCUUUAUGUGGUUCCAUGGGGUCUCAGGAGGCUUCUAAACUUUGUCAAGGAAGAAUAUAUAAAAGGAGGACUACCCAUAUACAUAACCGGAAAUGGUAUGCCAACACCAUACACAGGCGAAGUGUACAAUGACACAGAUCGGGUGGAGUACUUGACGGCUUAUAUCAAUGAAGCCCUGAAAGCUGUCAAGACUGAUAAUGUUGCUGUAAAUUCAUACAUUGUCCGAUCCUUGUUGGAUGGCUUUGAAGGACCACAAGGAUACCAGCAAAGAUACGGCUUGCAUUAUGUAAAUGUUGAUGAUGCAAACAGGCAAAGGACCCCCAAAAAAUCAGCCUAUCUAUUCUCAAAUAUUAUCGAUAACAAUGGUUUCCCAAAAACAAAGCUAUUAAAGAAAGGUUCUUCAGGUUUCCAAUUGUCACAUUCAAGAAAGUUGCCCCCACUUCCUGCAUCAAAAGUGCCUUCAACUUCAAAGGUUGUGUGGGAAAAAUUUUCAGGGCAAACCGCUUUUGAAAGGGACAUGUAUCAUUACUCAAUAUUCCCCGAAGAUUUCAAAUGGGGAGUCUCAACCUCAGCUUAUCAGAUUGAAGGCGGAUGGAAUGCUGACGGAAAGGGGCCAAGUACUUGGGACACAUUCACACAUAAUGGAGGUACUAGUGGUGCGAGUGGUGACAUUGCCUGUGAUAGUUACAACCAACUGGAUGCAGACUUGUACAUGUUGAGAAGUCUGGGGGUUAAUAGUUACCGUUUUUCCAUUUCCUGGUCUCGAAUCUUCCCAAAUGGACAGGGCACGGUCAAUAGUAAGGGCGUUGACUAUUAUAACAGACUUAUUGAUGGGCUACUGGCAAACAACAUCUCACCAAUGGUGACCCUUUACCACUUUGACCUUCCUCAGGCUCUCCAGGACCUUGGAGGUUGGGAGAAUGAUACAGUCCUUGAGGCAUUUCACAACUAUGCAGACUAUUGUUUUAGAACAUACGGAGACAGGGUCAAGUUCUGGAUGACUUUUAACCAACCCCACUCAAUUGUAACAGCUGGUUAUGGGACCGGUAUCUUCCCACCGGGAGUGAAGGAUGACCCUGGCUCAGCUCCAUACAGAGUGGCUCACAAUUUGCUCAAAGUCCAUGCCAAGGUUUAUCAUACCUAUGAUGAGAAGUACAGAGCAAGCCAAGGAGGCGUAAUCGCUAUAACUCUCAACACCGAAUGGGUAGAACCAAAAGACCACACAGACCCACGGGACAUUGAAGCUGCUGACCGUUACCUACAGCUCACACUUGGAUGGUUUGCACAUCCUAUUUACAAAAAUGGUGACUACCCAGAGGUAAUGAAAUGGCAGAUAGCCAAUAAGAGUGAGCUACAGGAUUUCAAAUCUUCCAGACUUCCAGCAUUUACAGAUGAAGAGAAGGCCUAUAUCCAAGGGACAGCUGAUGUUUUCUACAUUAACAUCUACGCCACAAAAAUAGUUCAGCAUAAGACCGCCAGGCUCAGUCCGCCAUCUUUUGAAACUGAUAUUGAUAUUGCAGAGGAAUAUGCUACUAACUGGCCAACAUCAGCCAUAGAUAUACACAGACCAACAGCCUGGGGGCUGAGGAGGCUGCUCAACUGGGUGAAAGAAGAGUAUGGAGACGUCCCAAUAUACAUCACGGAAAAUGGCGUAUCAACAGAUAACAAAGAUGACUAUGAGGACCUGUCCCGAAUAUUUUACUAUAAAACUUACAUUGACGAGGCAUUGAAAGCCCAUAGUCUGGAUGGGGUAAAUCUUAAAGGCUACAUAGCCUGGGCCCUCAUGGACACUUUUGAAUGGAAUCUGGAAUAUACAGUGCGUUUUGGUCUGCACCAUGUGGAUUUCACAGAUCCCAACCGUCCAAGGACUGCGAAACGCUCUGCCAUAUAUUACUCCGAGAUUGUAAGCAACAAUGGCAUCCCAUUACAGAAAGAGGAAGAGUUCCUAUAUGGAGAGUUCCGACCUGACUUUGCAUGGAGUGUGGCAUCUGCAGCUUAUCAGAUUGAAGGAGCAUGGAGAACGGAUGGUAAGGGCCUGAGUAUAUGGGACAAGUAUACACAUUCCCUAGGAAGAAUCUCAAAUGAUGAAAAUGGUGACGUGGCCUGUGAUAGCUACAACCGAAUGGAGGAAGACGUGGAGCUUCUCAAGAACCUGAAGGUCACACACUAUCGGUUUUCUAUCUCAUGGCCCCGGGUCCUCCCUGAUGGGACACUAAGCCACGUGAAUGAAGUCGGCCUCAACUACUACAGCAAACUGGUUGACGCUCUCCUAGCUGCAAAUAUCAAGCCUCAGGUGACGAUAUAUCACUGGGAUCUCCCUCAAGCCUUACAAGACGCCGGAGGAUGGGAGAAUGAGACAAUAGUGGGGAGAUUUAAAGAUUACGCCGACCUUCUCUUCCAAAGACUGGGUGACAGGGUGAAGUUCUGGAUCACUCUAAAUGAGCCGUACAUCAUCGCCAACCUGGGGUACGGUUAUGGUACAGCAGCUCCAGGGAUUAUUAAUAGACCCGGACGGGCACCCUAUGAGGCCGGACAUAAUCUCAUUAAGGCACACGCUGAGGCCUGGCACCUCUACAACAGUACCUACAGAGCAAAGCAAGGGGGCCUCAUAUCCAUCACCAUUAACUCUGACUGGGCCGAACCAAGGAACCCAUACAAACAGGAGGAUGUAGAGGCAGCAAGAAGAUAUAUGGCGUUUUAUGGCGGAUGGUUCGCGAACCCAAUUUUUAACAAUGGAGAUUACAAUGAGAUCAUGAAGUCAAGGGUCAGGGAGAAGAGUCUGGCACAAGCGCUAGCGAAAUCUCGACUUCCAGAAUUCACAGAAGAGGAGAAGAAAAGGAUUAAAGGCACCUACGACUAUUUCGGCUUUAAUCAUUACACCACCAUCUUGGCCUCUCCCCUCAACUUCCGUGAUUCUGUCCAGUCCUAUGAUGCAGACAGGGGUGUGGCGUCGAUGGCUGACCGCAGCUGGCUCGGAUCCGGCUCCAUUUGGUUAAAGGUGACUCCUUUUGGCUUCCGGAGGAUACUGAACUGGAUAAAGGAAGAGUUUAAUAACCCUCCCAUAUAUGUGACGGAGAAUGGGAUUUCGGAGCGGGGGACGAAUCUGAAUGACAAGUGGAGGGAACAUUACUACAAACACUAUGUCAAUGAGGCGCUAAAGGCAGCGAAGUACGAUGGGGUGGAUCUGCGCGGAUACACAGCUUGGUGCCUCAUGGAUAACUUUGAGUGGGCGACAGGAUACGCUGAGCGCUUCGGCUUGUAUUACACCAAUUACACAGAUCCCAAUCUGACUCGGACGCCAAAAGAGUCAACCAAGUAUUACAGGCAACUCAUUCAGUGCAAUGGAUUUCCAGACCCAAAAGAUGGCCCUCACCCCUGCCUGACGGACCCUGAAGGAACGUCACCUUCACCGACAAAACCCUCCGAGGACCCAGAGCCUGAAAAAGUUUCCUUCCUGGGACUGCAGGUCUCCACGUCAGACGCUAUGGUGGCCUUGUACGUGGAGUUCGCUCUCCUCAUCGCCGCCGUUCUGGGAAUCAUUUUGUUCGCCGUCCUGUUCAGUAAAACGCGCAAGAAGUUAAAACUCGCAAAACUGUUUUAAAUCUGGUUGGUUCAAUAAACCAUUGUUUUUAUGCUGCUAAAUGGACGUAUUCGAGUAUUUUCUGCAUUGAACAUGAACCUUUCGUGUGAAUGGGAAGAUAUCGCUUCUAUGGCAAAAUCCCCCUUAUACACGGCUAAUACCGGGAACUGCUCUAAUGCCGGAGGGUUCUAAAGGGAAAGUCCUAUUUCAUGUGGACAGGAACACGUCUCAGAUGUGCAGCUCAUGGGAGAGAUUCUGGAAUAGCAUGAAAGGACGGACCGGCUACUUAUAGGGAAUAGAUUGCCUAUUUUGGUCCACCGUUUUGCCUGCCUGGCUGGUCCCUGUAAUUCAGACCCUUCGUAAAUAUUUGUCUUAUGCUCUCCAGCACAAAUAGGGUUAGCGGCGCAUGCGCACUCGUGGCCCAGGGCCAUACAUGAUGACACUUAUGGGCAUUCCCAGCCCCUAGGUGCACUGCUCUGCUUUCCCGGUUGAUCCGUUAUCCGGCCCCUUCAUAAAUAUUCAUCUUCUGCCCUCCAGCAGAAAAGGGGUAGCAGCGCAUGCGCGCGCGUGCUCAAUGGCUGUACCCGAAGACACUUUAUGUUUCCAGCCCUAGGUGCACUGCUCUGCCUUCCCGGUUGAUCCCUGUUAUCUGGCACCUUCAUAAAUAUUCAUCUUCUACUCUCCAGCAAAAAGGGGGUAGCAGCCCUUCUUGAGGCACCGUUCGGCUCGCCUGGCUAGUCCCUGUAAUCUGGCCCCUUCUUAAAUGUUCCUCUUCUGCUCUCCAGCACAAGAAGGGUAGCAAUGCAUGUGCUCAUGCUUCAGGGCCAUACAUGAUGACGCUUUUGGGCAUUCCCAGCCCUUAGUGCACUGCUCUGCCCAUCCGGGUGGUCCCUGUAAUCCAGCUCCUUCAUAAAUAUACAUCUUCUGCUCUCCAGCACAAAGGGUCUGGCAGAGCAUGCAUGAUGGUGAUUCAGGGCCAUACAUAAUGACGUAAUCAUAGCAAGUAACAGAACCGUGCUAAAGAGCAGAAAAUGAAUAUUUAUGAAUGGGCCGGAUUACAGGGACCAGCAC